UGGAUCUAAUCUUGAAGGUCUUACAGGAAAUGUUUCAGAAGUUGAUUAUCCAUUUGGACAGUCUGAUUCAGGUCUUUUGACUGAAUCUGAAUUUCCAACUAAUAAUGAAAUUAGCGAGGGGUCUGGAUUGGAAAGCCCUUUAUCUGUGUUGGAAAAAUCCCAAAAGUCGUCAGCCUCUGGUGGCCUUCAGAGUUUUGAUGCAGGGGGCAAUGUAUUUUCUAAAGUUAAUGAUUCGAAGGUUCUAAAGAAUGCUAGUAGAAGUAGUAGAAUUGAGGAAAGUAGUAAUCUUUCUUUUGGGAGCUUUAUUUUGACUGCAAAUCAGUCUGAUAAUUUGACAAAUCCUGAAUCAGCGACCCUUUCAUAUUUCCUAGACAAGAUUUUUGAGAACACUUCUUUGGUAACAAUGCGGGUACCUGAGGGCAAGCAACAAGUCGAAGAUGAUUCUGAAGAUAACCAAAAUUCAUCUGGCACUAUAAAAAACAAUCACGAGAGAAUAUGGUCCUUAUUACCAACUCCCAACGGGUUUAAGACACAAUCAGAUAUACCAGAUGACACAAAAUUAGACAGUAUAGUAUCAAACCUAACUAUCGAGCAGCAAGUCAAUCAGGCAUUAUCAACUCCCCAGGCGGUAAUAUCCAACAACACUUCAAUGCACACAUCCGAAAGUCAGUUAAAACACAAUAAAACCUACUCAGAUGGUAAAAGUCGGACAUCAGCCAAAGCAGACAAAGAUUCUGCAAAACCACAUAUUAGUAAAACCCAACAUUGUUUACUGCUGAACACAUCGCUUCCAUUUUGCUCAUUCAUGACUGGCAAGAAGUUUGUUGUGCCCAACCAUCUCAACCAGACCAGCUUGGAAGAAGUCCAAGUAGUCCUAAAUGACUGGGAUUGGUUGUUGAGAUCAAAGUGCCACCAUGGCUUGGAGAAGUUCUUCUGUCUUCUGUCACUACCAAGGUGUGGCUCACCAAUGACGCUGCUGCCUUGCCGAAGCUUUUGUGAAGGUUUAAGGGACAGUUGCUGGACGCUCCUGGAUGAGGGACGUCUCCCUGUGGAGUGCCACAAACUUCCCGAAGAGGAGGAUGAUGGGUAUCAUUGCUUGUCAGUUUUUAAUCAGAAAGAAGACAGUGGUGUGUCUCUGCUUGAGCUGAUAGGGGACCCUCCUCCAAAUGAGAUCACACGAGUUUAUGGGCCUGACAGCACUCCUGGUUAUGUGUUUGGCCCUGAUGCCAACACGGGCCAGUUGGCCCGUGCCCACUUGCCGAGCCCAUUCUACAGGGACUUUUCCCUCAUCUUCAACUUGAAGCCAACAUCCGACAAGGGCGGUGUAAUCUUCUCGGUCACAGACGCCACACAGCAGAUCAUGUAUGUGGCCGUCAAACUGACACCCUUGCAGUACGGAAAUCAGAAUGUCAUCUUGUACUACACGGAGCCCGGCUCGGAAACAUCAUUCGAGGCCGCCAGGUUCAUCGUACCUGCUUUGAAGGACUCCUGGACCCGUUUUGCCAUUGCGGUAAAGGAUGACAAGGUCAUGUUCUACCUGAAUUGUGACAUAGAACCUCAAGUGCAGCGCAUCGAAAGGUCCCCUGAUGAGAUGGAGCUUGAAGGUGGUGCUGGGGUCUUCGUUGGGCAGGGUGGAGGCUCCGAUCCGGACAAGUUCCUGGGUGUGAUCAGUGAAUUGAGGGUGGUGGGCGAUCCCCGUGCCGCUGAGAGGCAAUGCGAAGAAGACGACGAUGACUCGGACAUGGCCUCGGGAGAGGGAAGUGGUGACAUGGAAAGAAGACCAUCAAAACCAGCUGUUGAAAAGCACACAUGGACGACUGCUCCGCCAUCAUUACGGCCUAUUCAGCAGCCACCAGUCGCCAGGCAGGAAGAGACGUCGAGUAUGAGACAAACAGGAUCCUUUGGGGCCAAAGGAGAGAAAGGAGACCGAGGAGAGAAAGGGGACAGAGGUCUAACAGGGCCUAAAGGAGACUCUGGUCAUGGAGGGAAGGGUGAACCUGGUGAAAAAGGAGCAAAAGGCAGUGCAGGAUUUGGUUACCAAGGAAAGAAGGGAGAGCCCGGCCCCCCUGGUCCCCCAGGACCUCCUGGACCGCCGGGGCUUGCGUCAGAGGUCUCAGUAUGCAAAGAGGGUUCGGAUCCUUCUUGUGUACCUGGAGUUCGAGGACCACCUGGACCAGCAGGUGCCCCUGGAGCUCAGGGACCACCGGGAGAGGAUGGAGAACCAGGUGAUCCUGGAGAAGAUGGAAAAAGGGGUGUGGAUGGACCCCCAGGCUUCCCAGGAACCCCCGGCGAUCCUGGACUCAAAGGAGAAAAGGGAGAUCGUGGUGAGGGUCAGCCUGGCCCCAGGGGGCCACCAGGUCCUCCCGGCCCCCCAGGACAAGGAAGUAGAUCUACCUAUGUGGACAUGGAGGGCUCAGGAUUCCCUGAUCUGGAAUCAGUCCGGGGAUUGCCAGGACCACCGGGACCGCCAGGUCCCCCCGGUCCACCUGGUGUUGCUAGGCCAAACGCGGGAUCAAGUUCUGGAGCAGUUGGACCCCCAGGACAAGAUGGGCCGCCGGGUCAACCCGGCUUAGCUGGUUUACCAGGCGUCGAUGGCCAACCAGGAGCCCCUGGACCAAAAGGAGAAAAGGGUGAUUCUGGUGUGCUCGGUCAUCCAGGACCAAUUGGACAGAAGGGAGCUCAAGGAGAUGCUGGUUUACCAGGACCAACCGGGGAGCCUGGAUUGGCUGGUUUACCUGGACCAAUGGGACCAGCUGGGCCACCAGGACCGCCUGGGCCUCCUGGACCAAGAUACCGUGUUGGAUUUGAUGACAUGGAAGGAUCUGGUGGGAUUUUCUCAAAUGGGAUUCCUGGUGUCCAAGGACCUGAAGGAAGACAGGGUCCACCUGGUCUGCCUGGACUUCCAGGUAAACCAGGUUUGCCUGGACUCGUAGGUCAGAAGGGCAGUGAGGGUCCUGAAGGAAGGGAUGGGCAACCGGGACUGGACGGCUUCCCUGGAGUUCAGGGAGCAAAGGGUGACAAAGGUGACAGAGGAGAAAGGGGGGAAGCAGGCCGAGAUGGCUCCGGUGCUCCAGGACCUCCAGGCCCACCAGGACCACCAGGACAAAUUAUCUACCAGCCAUCUGAGAAUUUUGAUGGUUCUAUUGGCAGUGUUGGGCCUCAGGGAGGUCCCGGCAUACCAGGUCGAGCUGGAUUCCCUGGUCCUGUAGGUCCAAAGGGUGACAAUGGAGACCCAGGCCCUCCAGGUUAUGGCAUCAAGGGCGAGAAAGGCGAGCCAGGUCUAGUUGUUGGACCUGAUGGGAGUCCGUUCUUAUCGGCGGGGCUAACGGGUUUGAAGGGAGAACAAGGGCCUCCUGGACCCAUCGGACCACCAGGGCAAUAUGGACCUCCUGGAAUUAAGGGCGAAAUUGGAAUGCCAGGAAGACCUGGUCGGCCUGGUGUAAACGGAUACAAGGGGGAGAAAGGCGAGCCCGGUUCUGGCUUUGGAUACCCAGGAGUUCCUGGACCACCAGGACCUCCAGGACCACCAGGACCAGCCUUUGAUCGCUUCACUGACUACGAUAGAACCUCCAGAAACUAUCCAGCUACUAAAGGGGAGAAGGGAGACCAGGGCGAACGUGGCCUUCCAGGCUUCCCCGGCGGAUCCAAUUUUGAUAUUCACACACUCAAGAAUGACUUAAAGGGAGAACACGGAGAGCCGGGAGUCAAGGGAGAAAAGGGUGAACCUGGUGGAUAUUAUGACCCGCGUUUUGGAGGACCUCUCGGGUCACAAGGGCCUCCUGGCAAGCCAGGUUUACCAGGUCCAAAAGGAGAAUCCAUAAUGGGCCCCCCUGGACCUCAGGGACCACCAGGCAAACCAGGGCUCGGCUAUGAUGGUCGACCAGGUCCCCCUGGCCCACCUGGACCACCAGGACCGUCAAGCUCUCCCUCUUUACCUGGCGCCUUUUGGCCCAGUCAAACUGGGAAUGUGCCCGGACCUCCUGGUCCUCCUGGCCCACCUGGAAGUCCUGGACACUCAUCUGGAGUUACAGUUCUCAGGUCCUACGACACAAUGCUUGCUACAGCCAGACGGCAGGCGGAAGGCAGCCUCAUCUACAUCAUCGACAAAGCUGACCUCUAUUUAAGAGUCCGUGACGGACUGCGACAAGUCAUGCUGGGAGAGUACAACCCUUUCUUCAGAGAUUUGGAAAAUGAAGUUGCAGAGGUUCAGCCACCACCUGUGAUCUUGUACCCCCAGUCCCACGACCAGUCCCAAAACAACGGUGCCGGCCACUACUCUCAGAGCGUUUCCGGGGUCCGACCCCUUGAGCCGCCGUCGCGGCCACCUGUGGAUCCCCACUACCCUCCGCAGUACGAUUCCAGAUUCCCAGACCAGAGGCACUCAGGUCAGACAGAUGGCAGAUUGGCGACAGAGCAGGGUGAGAAGAGAUAUCCCGUCACUCCCCAGCGAAGACCCAACCCACCUGUACUGCAUCCCGCAGUACACGGGGACAAAUCAGCAUCAGGGCUCCAUCUCAUCGCCCUGAACGCCCCUCAAACUGGUAACAUGCGAGGAAUUCGGGGGGCAGACUUCUUGUGUUUUCAGCAAGCCCGUGCUGUGGGCCUGAAGGGGACCUUUAGAGCCUUCCUGUCCUCCAAGCUCCAAGACCUUUACACCAUUGUCCGCCGGUCGGACAGGGACACUUUGCCCAUUGUCAACCUCAAGGAUCAAGUGCUUUUUGACAGCUGGGAAUCAAUCUUUGAUGAUAGUGCCAGCAAAAUGAGAAAUAGUGUACCGAUUUACUCAUUUGAUGGCAGGGAUAUUCUCAGGGACAGCGCGUGGCCGCACAAAAUGGUCUGGCACGGGUCGAGCGACAAAGGCCACAGGCAAACAGACCACUACUGUGAAACAUGGCGGGCCGGCGACCAAGCCGUGACGGGCCUGGCGUCGGCGAUACAGACCGGCCACCUCCUGCAGCAACACUCUCGUAGCUGCUCCAACUCACACAUCGUCCUUUGCAUUGAGAACGCCUCCACGUCACACUCCAAAAAAUAAAAAGGAUCCAUCCACUUUUUUCAAAUAAUUUUGAUUCUCGUGUUUUUGUUUUUUUUUUAAACUUGGCGUCCAAUGAACUUGCCCAGCAGCUUUUUUGGCCUGGCAGAGGGGCUUUGCAUCACAUGCUUCUUCUUCCGUCUAUGAACGCCAAAGAGAUCAGGGUUGGACAGAGAGUAUCUUUUGUCACGGGGACCCAUGUUUUCUUCUAAGCGUUGAACAAGAGUAAAAAAAAAAAAUAAUGCGGUAAAUAUGUUCACAAAUUGUAUCCACUUGUAUGUGUUACUUGCGUUGUCAUUUUUUUGGUGUUAGCAAUUUUUACCUUUUCAAAUGUUGUCAUAGCCAUUCUGUUAUAAUGUUUUUGUAUUGAUCAUUUAACAUUUGUUCCAAUUUUUUUUUUUUUUUUUUAGUUGUGGGCUACUUUUGGGCAGGGCAAAGACUUUGAAAUUAAAGAUAUUUAUUUUUAAAUGAAGUUAUAUAAUGACAAACGAUUUGAAUGAAAAUACAGCUUGCCCAAAUUCUGUACUCCCAUUUAUAUUGAGACCAUUUUUCCCAGUCAUUGUGCCUUAUUAUCAGACCAAGUUUGCUUUUCAUUCAAUAAGCGCACAUUCCGUAUAGUACCACUUCCUCUUCAUAUUAUAAUUAUGUACAGUAUGCUGCUACAAGUGCUUUCCAACGCAGCGUUUGCCUUCAUUUUACACCGCAUGUUGUUCGAUGGACAGAACUGACACCGAGGACCAUUUUUCUUCUUGAGAUUUAACCAUCAAAAGGAUUUACUUAACCGAGAGUGUGCAGAAAGUGAUUGACGCUAAUCUGUGUUGAAAUUUUGUAUAAAGAUUUUUUUCAAGAACAAUAUUUUGUUAUAACCCGACUUUAGUACAACUGAUGCUUGACUGAACCUGUGGUUUCCCUUUUUAAUCUCAAUCAUGCAUUGAGCUGGACUGAUCUUCAAGGCACUGAAUAAAUGUCUUUUCAAACGCCACAAUAAUAAUGUGAUCCAUUCGGCAUUAUUAAGCACUGAUUUAUGAAAAUCUAUCACAAUUUAAUUCGACAUAGCGAGUAGAGCCGAUAAAAGCAUUUUAAGGGGAACCUCAGACUUAAAAGAUUUGGUAAAGAAGAUAGUAUCUUUUUAUCUAGGUACUGCUGGCCAAAAGUAUUGGCACUAAAGAUG